AUGUUCCUUUUGAUCGCUCCCAUAUUUCUCUGUUUGACGAUCCCCUUGGUCUCUGCUCAAUCGGAGGCCCCUGCUUGGGGACAAUGUGGAGGUCAAGGAUGGUCGGGCCCAACCCAAUGUGUAUCAGGAUAUACUUGUAACCUGGUCAACGAAUGGUAUUCUCAAUGCGUACCUGGAUCGGCUCCUCCUGUGACCAAUCCCCCUGUCGUCGUCCCCCCGACAACUACGGUUGUGCAACCGCCAUCCACCACCAUUAUUGGCCCUCCGCCAUCCGGGUCCCAGAUCCGCACUGUCACGAAUCCUGUGUACCACUUUUAUCUGCAGAAUAACGGUGGUGUCCCAAGACUAGGCCCCGAAUCCAGUUCAGGACGCUUCAUCAUUAACGGAACCAUCACGCUGAAUCAAGCUGACGGAACGCGACUCUACCUCAACGCAGACGACAUUGGCGCCUCCUAUAAGCCUCUCUCGUUCGGUACGACCGCUACGACAACCAACUGGGGUUUGGAAGGCGACACGAUUAUCAUUCGGAACCCGCGCCAAUUGAACUUUUUGGCAUGUUCGACAAAUGAUAGGAAUUUCUAUGAUGUGUUUUUGCAGGGGCAGGGGAAUGCGUCGCCGCCUGGACGGUCGUGUAAUAUGGUUACGAUGCAUUUGCCUUGUUUGUGUUAG